AUGCUCCACGACACGGGGUCAUGCUCCACGACACGGGGUCCUGCUCCACGACACGGGGUCAUGCUCCACGACACGGGGUCAUGCUCCACGACACGGGGUCAUGCUCCACGACACGGGGUCCUGCUCCACGACACGGGGUCAUGCUCCACGACACGGGGUCAUGCUCCACGACACGGGGUCAUGCUCCACGACACGGGGGUCCUGCUCCACGACACGGGGUCCUGCUCCACGACACGGGGUCCUGCUCCACGACACGGGGUCCUGCUCCACGACACGGGGUCCUGCUCCACGACACGGGGUCCUGCUCCACGACACGGGGUCCUGCUCCACGACACGGGGUCAUGCUCCACGACACGGGGUCCUGCUCCACGACACGGGGUCAUGCUCCACGACACGGGGUCCUGCUCCACGACACGGGGUCAUGCUCCACGACACGGGGUCCUGCUCCACGACACGGGGUCCUGCUCCACGACACGGGGUCCUGCUCCACGACACGGGGUCCUGCUCCACGACCCGGGGUCCUGCUCCACGACACGGGGUCCUGCUCCACGACACGGGGUCCUGCUCCACGACACGGGGUCCUGCUCCACGACACGGGGUCCUGCUCCACGACACGGGGGUCAUGCUCCACGACACGGGGUCCUGCUCCACGACACGGGGUCCUGCUCCACGACACGGGGUCCUGCUCCACGACACGGGGUCCUGCUCCACGACACGGGGUCAUGCUCCACGACACGGGGUCAUGCUCCACGACACGGGGUCCUGCUCCACGACACGGGGUCAUGCUCCACGACACGGGGUCAUGCUCCACGACAGGUUUCAGGUACCUUUAGUGCGCGAAAGGUGCAGGGAAGCUGA